CACCCAUUGAACACCUCUUUUGUUGCAUUUUCUGCAGCUGAUUAUAUCCAUCGUCGUGAACGAGCUGCUUAAACUGAUUAAGCGCCAGCACUCGUUCUCUUCCGCACAUUCUUUUAACCACCUCGAAACUGCUUAUUUUGCUCUUUGUUGAUUUUCAUAAUCAAACAACUCUUAAUCACCAACCACUCCAGCUGCUAUUCCCCUUCUCCAUCAUAAUGAGCAGAUUCAGCCCAGUAACCUCAAAGAACUUGCUCAUAUCAAACGACAAGUUGUUCUUCUUCAACAAUAAAGUAAACAAAACCUACACUUUUUUCAACAAAAACAUCGCUAGCGCUACCAAAUUCAAUAAACUAGUCAUAAAUAGAUCUCUCACCUACAAAAUAGUUCCAGCUAAAAAUAUUAAUAAAACCCCCUUUUUUAUCAACAACAAAUACAACAAAAAUAGCGGUUUCAUCUUUUUCAACAAUAACAUCGAUGCUCAGCUCUUAAGAUUUACAAGAUUUUACUCUUCUUCAGCCACUAACAAGAACUCUGCAACCAAAAAUGAUAAAACUAUCCAAAACUUGAACACAACCCAAGAGGAGCCCCUAAAUGAUUUGAAAAAUUUAGACGUUAAUCGGUUUAUUAACCAAGACCCAUCUCUAUCUCAAAUGGAACAACAAUUUAAUAACUCAUCUGAAAAUAACAAUAACAAUAACAAUAACAAUAACAAUAACACAAAUUCUUCAACUAUUGCUAGUGACAACUUGAAAUCUAAUCCAAACACAUCUCAAAUCAAUCAAAAUAAUCUCAAUCACAAGGAUGAAUACGAUAAAGUUAGCCCUCACCUAAGGUUCUAUAAAUUCUUUGGCGAAACUUUUGUUAGAUGCUGUUUAAUGGCCUUUCUGACUUAUUUUGGUUUACAUUUACUAUGGUCUAUUCUUGAUGCUACCGAUGAAGAAAACUUAAAGCAAGCGCAAUUAAAAGUGCAAUUAAAAGCUCAAGAAAACAUCACUAAUAAAUCUGAAAAUAAAUCUGAAAAUAAUCCCGAAAAGAAAUCUCAAUAACAAAAAAAAAAAUGGAAUAAUUAGAUCUAAAACUUAAAUAUUCUAUUUUAGAUUUUUGUUUCUCAUUUUCUCUUGUAAAUAAUUCUUACAGAUUUUAUAAAUUUUAUACACCUCUCUUCUCUUUUAUAUUCUUUUUUGUUCAACCUUUAACCUAAUCUUAAUCCACGCUUUCAUCAUUGA